AUGUCGACCAAUAUGCUCAUGCCAAUCAUAUCUACCGCCCCCGAAAAUCCUCGUGUCGAGGGCGACGAUAGUGAAUCUGCUGAUGACUGGGUAUUCCGGUGCCUCGCAUUCUAUGCACAACCUGACUUUCUACCACCUCCGAGGCACGGCAACUCCUGGACAGCACACAUAUUUCAAGCCAGCACCCGAUCCAAUUGCAAGAAUUGGAGAUACCUGCAAUUCUCUUUCUGUAUGGACCCGAAGACUCGAGUUACGACAUGCACGCUGUCGCACACUAUGGUUCCGACUGUACCGGGUAAUGCUGUCGCAGACAUCAAGUUCUGGACUGCUCUAUCGCGAGGAAUAUACCACCGGCACCUGAUGGAACAUCUUCGCGAACCUCGUGGCCAAAGGCUGAUCUGGGGUGGUAAUCUCUCAUUCAAGCAGGGCUUGGUUUCUAUGUUCGUCAACUUGAGGCUCAUUGCUCCCGGAUCACUUCAGGAACUCGACGCUAAGCUUAGUGAAUCGUACAUCAGCUAUAAUGUGCCUCUGCCUAGAGUCGAGGAAAGUAAUGAGCCCGUACCGCAACAACCAGAAUGA